UCUGGAUAGGGACGGAGGGGCUUAGCUUGGUAUAGGGAAAGGAGUUUGGGUCAGUAUAGGGACGGAGGUGUUUGGGUCUGUGUAGGGCUGGGUUUUUUUGGUCUGUAUAGGGAAAGGAGCUUUGGUCUGUCUAGUGAGAGUUCUCAGGGAAGCGUGGAGACGGUGAGAGUUCAGGCUUGGCGUGAAGUUGUUGGGGAUGAACAGUGGGACGGAAGUGGAUCUGAAUGAGACUGAGGCCAGUGCUAAUGGCACCUUCGCCAGUGCGUUUGCCCAGCCAACUUGGCAGGUGGUUCUCUGGGCAGCCGCUUACUCAGUAAUCAUCCUGACCGCCGUCUCUGGCAAUGUGAUCGUGGUUUGGAUCAUUCUUGCUCAUCGGAGGAUGCGGACUGUCACCAAUUACUUUUUGCUGAGCCUGGCGGUGGGGGACGCCUCUAUGGCCGCAUUCAACACCGCCUUCAACUUCAUCUACGCCGUGCACAAUGAGUGGUAUUUCGGGCCGCACUACUGCCGUUUCCAAAACUUGUUGCCCAUCACUGCCGUGUUCGCCAGCAUCUACUCAAUGACAGCCAUUGCCCUGGACAGGUACAUUGCCAUCAUCCACCCUUUGAAGCCCAGGCUGUCGUCCAGCUCAACUAAGCUAGUGAUUGGGUUUAUCUGGUUCCUGGCCCUGGCUCUAGCAUUCCCACAGUGUUUCUAUGCCCGCAUUGUGCAAUUAGAAAGCCGAGUGAUCUGUAAGGUGGACUGGCCUGGGGAUGUCGGAGGACAACAUCAAUUGACAUACCAACUUGUGGUGAUUGUACUGACAUACCUCUUACCAUUGACGGUGAUGGGAGUCGCCUAUACAAAGGUGGGGAAAACAUUGUGGGCCAGCGAAAUACCCGGAGACUCAACAGAGAGAUAUAGUGAGCACCUGAAUGCAAAACGAAAGGUGGUGAAAAUGAUGAUUGUGGUUGUUCUGACCUUUGCCAUUUGUUGGCUGCCCUACCAUUUGUAUUUCAUUCUGGCCAGUUUCAAGAAGGACAUCUAUUAUGAAACCUACAUACAGCAGGUGUAUCUGGGCAUAUUCUGGCUGGCCAUGAGCUCAACCAUGUACAACCCCAUCAUUUACUGCUGCCUUAACAACCGAUUCCGCAUUGGAUUUAAGCGAGCUUUCCGCUGGUGCCCCUUUGUACAUGUCAGUCGCUAUGAUCAACAGGAGUUAACGACAGCGUUUAACUUUGAGCUGAGGAGAUUUCAGGACGCGGGAAUCAAUUAGUGACUGGUGUGGACCAAGAGGCAAUAAUCCUGUUUCUAACUCAUCCUUCCACUAAUCAGAGUUUGAACAGCGAGAAAGGACAGAAAUUCCGAAAUAACCCCUGAGAAAGCAUGUCAUUCUAGUUGCAGCAAGAAGAACUGGAGUGAACUGAACGCAUGAUUAAAAGUUUAUACAUUAGUGUCAUCUUUUGAGCAGAGAAGUUUUAAGGGGAGAUGGAAUCAAGAUAUCUAACAGUAUGGAAAAUUUUACCAGAUUAGAUAGAGAGAAAGCAGGAAGACUGGUAACCAGAGGGCACAAGUUUCUAAUAAUUGACAGAAAUCCAAUUGGAAAUAAUACAAAUUUAAUAGACAUAGUGCGCCAUUAUGAUCUGAAAGGCACAGGAAGAGUGGGAAAAGCACAUUCAAUUGUAAACUAAAGGAGGGAAUUGAAUAAAGUCUUGAAAAGGGACAUUUUUCAAGGGCGUAGGCAAAGAGCAGGGAAAGUGGAGUAAUCAAAUAGAUCUUUUAAAAAGCCAGAACAGAUGUAAUAAACUGAAUAGCCACCUCCCAUUUCUAUCUUUUUUUGACAAUGGCAACACAAAGCACAGAAAACAGGACCAUCCAUCCAAAUCUGAAGAAAAUCACAGCCCUUCUUUCUCUGUCUCUCACUCUGGAAAAGAGAAAGCGCAUUUAGGAGAUUAGAGGUGCAGCAUAGAGUAGGGGGCAAUAGCACAAAGCAGUCAGGCUGGCACUGAGGAUCAUUCAGAACAGAGCAAUUGGAUCCAGAAACAGGUGAGCUGUCACAAGGCUGCUAGUAUCUCCAGGACCCCAAGGAGCGUGAACAACAUUAAGCAGAACGCUGUUUCCAAAUCCUAUGUGCACCAGAGCUGAAUGAAGUUAACAUGAUUUUAUUUACACUCACACCUGUAAGUGCUUAGGAAUAGUAAGGACUGGACAGAUAGUUACACAGAGUGACAGUAUUGGCAGUGGUUUCGUUCCACGCCUUUUCAAACUGAGUUCCUGUUGAGAUCGGUUACUAUACCCAACUGGCCUGGCCACUGGUCCCACUAGAUUCAACAUUGAAAUACAAUCAUGAUAUUCCUGGGAAACAGGUCAUUUGGCCUAUUCAAUGCAUGUCAGUAAUUAUUCACUCUACUCCCAUUUCUUAUCUCAUUUUUGUCAUUCGUCCAACUAAUUUAAUCUAACUACU